AUGCCGAAACAGAAGAGGUACAUGGACGCGCUGGGAGAGCUCUCUGGGAGCGACAGCUCCGAAGACGAAGGCUCCCCUGAGCCAGAGGCCAAACGCAAGAAGCCUGAUGUCACUCUGGAGGACCUGCACAACUGUGGAUACAAGGGCGGACCCUCGGUGCUCUUUGUGCCCGAGCCAUGCCAAGCUGAUGAGAUUGAAUUACAAGUGUCUGAUGGCCGUGAGCAUAAAUUGAAGGAAAGCGAGGAGGAAACAUGGGAGGAGCGCGAACGAACCCGAGCAGCUGCAACAGUUGGAGUUGCAGAGUCUGCAAAGUUUGUGAAAAAGAGGAUGGCAUUGACAGAGAAGCUGAGGGAAGAGAAAAAGGCCGAGCAAAUUAAAAUGGCAAAGGAAGGAAGGCUGACUUUCAAGCAAAAGGAGAAACGGAAGCGAGACGCAGGCCAAGCGAAAGGAGGAAAGAAUUUCGUUGAAGAGGAGAAGAGGGUUGCAAGAGAUUUUGGUGUAUAUUCCAAUUUCGACAACUGA